UCCACGAUGGGUGACGAGAACAAGUCUUGUCCAUUAGUGGAGGACAUUAACUCAUCCUACAAUCCGCCAGUACUCAUUUUAACAUUUAUCUUUGGAUUCAUUGGAAAUGCAAUUGCUCUGUGGGUCUUCUCUUUGCAUGUGAAAACUUGGAGAUCAAGCACAGUGUACGGGUUGAACCUGGCCAUCGCGGACACUCUGCUAAUCUGCGCCCUACCAUUUCGAGUUGACUAUUACAUCCGUGGGAAAGACUGGUUUUUCGGCGAUGUUGCCUGUCGCCUGAAGAUAUUCACGAUAUUUAUGAACCGGGCAGUGAGCGUUGCUUUCCUGGCGGUUAUGGCGCUUGAACGCUACUUCAAGGUGAUCCACCCUCACCAUAAAGUGAGCAAAAUGACCACAAGCGGUGCGGUGAAGGUAUCCUGCAUUGUUUGGCUUGUAACGCUGGCGAUGUGUUUGCACGUUUUGACUGAAGCUCGCACGUUCCCGCACAUGAAUGUGACAAAUUGUGAGCCGUUCAAACCAUUCAAGCCCUUAAGUCCCACAGCGAUUUUCACUAACAUGGUUUUUAUUAUUUUCAACUUCCUUUUACCGGCUUCGAUCAUCCUGUUUUCCACUUGCUGUAUCGCCUGGAAGCUAAAGCAGAUGAAAUCUGAACUGAUGGGCAAAUAUAAUCGAGCAACGAGGCUUGUGGUGGUCGUGGCGACGGUUUUCAUCAUCUGUUUCCUACCCAGCAACGUUGCUGUAAUUGCUGUUUUAAUCUCAAACCAUGUAAGUAAUUGCAAGACGUUCGACGUUACCGUGCAGGUCUUCUGCAACACCCUGUGCAUCACUUACUUGAACAGUGUGCUCGAUCCGUUUGUGUACUACUUCUCCAGUUCCACGUUCAAGGAAAGUCUGAAGAAAGCUCUCAUUUCUCACAACAUCAGACUUUUCAGAUCAACAAUUCGCUCAGCUCCACCAAAACCAGAAACACAAGUUGAACCGCAACGAUCAUCUGUUCUCAACACCUGGGACCAUUUACGAACUGAGUCGAAUGACAAUCUGUGAACCAGCUCCCAAUGUUGCUGCUUACUUUCUUCCAACUUGCUCUGGGAAGAAGGGUCUGGCGGGGCGCUCUCCCUAAUAUUUUUUAAUCUUUUGAUCUUCUAAUGCAAAAGGCAACCAUAGUACUAAAAAUAUUGCUAGAUGCAACCGCGAUAACCAGUAAGGAGACACAAUGAAUUGCAGACGCUGGAUUCUCGAUUAGAACUCAAAGUGCUGGAGGAACGCAGCGGGUCAGGCAGCAUCUGUGGAGGGAAUGGACAGACGACGUUUUGAGGAUUGAGAUCCUUCUUCAGACUUCACGCCAUGCCCAAUGUCUAGGAAGUCACCGCCAAAGCCUCAUUGUUUGCCUUGGACUUUACUUCACAAGUGUGGGGAAGAGAAUGAGAUCCUUGGCUGGCUUCAAGGUGCAAAGUCCCGCAAUCACUCGUUGCCCGAUUGGAGUGCCUCAAACACUGAGCCAGGAGUAUCUCCUCACCGGUGUUCACUGUGAAUGUUCCCUGCACCCAGCAUGGUUCUUGUCUCCUGCCUCCUCCCGGCUUCACGAUAUCGCUGAUUGCUGGAAUAACUCACCGGGUCAGACAACAUUUCUGGAGAAAAAAGAUGGGUGACAUAUCCGGUCUGGAAGCUUUCUUCAGACUGAGAGUAUGGGUUGGCGGUGAGCGGGGCUGAGUUGGAGGGGAGGAAAGACCACAACUCGCCUUCUCUCUCCAGCUCUCCCCCUCCCUCCAUCUACCCCUACUUUCACUCUGAAGAAGGGUCCUGAACCAAAACAUAACUCUUUUUCUCCAGAGAUGCCGCCUGACCCAUUGAGUUAUUCCAGCACUUUGUGUCCAUCUUUGGUCUAAUCCAGCAUCUGCAGUUCUUUGUUUCUUCAUCAUAACGCUUUGGGAUAAAUCUUGUUAACAAUACAAUAAUAUUUUGUAUGUGGCAACUGGUCAUCUUGUGGCACCAGAGAACUGAGGCAGCGGCGACCCGGCCUCGGCGCUGGGGCAGUGUUGGGGACCUGUUCUCCGGAGCUCCCGAAACAACAGCUGCGUCCGCUGGACUGGAGGGCGGCAGUUUCGACCACCCCGGGCCGCGGAGUUGAACCAGCCCGUUCGCGGAGCUCGGAUUCAGCCGCGGGACUGACAUUACUUACCAUCACCCGGCGGGGUCACAACAUCUGAAGCUUGGAUCGCCUUGGCGUAGAGGGAGAAUAAGAAGGGAUGAGACAAAGACUUAAGAC